AGAUACAGCAGCCACUGGUGAGUCCGAUAUUGCAAAGUUGACCGGAGUGCUAUCGACUAUUAUUAAGACAGGCUCGGGAAAUGCAAACCGGUACAUUAACGAAAAAGUUUUACCUGAUUUCGAUCCGGGGAAAAAAGUUUUGUCAGCCACUGAGUGGUUGAACAGAGUUGAUACGUAUGCGUUCAUGUAUGAGUGGAACGAUACUCAUAAAUUAUAUUUGGCACAAUUAAAGUUGCAAGGUACUGCAAAGAAAUGGUUUGACGGACUGCAAUAUCCACCUAUGACAUGGGAAGCGUUUCGAGUAGCUAUUGUUAGACAGUUCUCAGGAGAAGAAAGUUUUGGCAAACUGUUUGAAUUAGCGAAUAAUUACACGAAUUCAUCAGAUCAAAAUUUAUUAGAUUAUAGUUUCGAGAAAGUAAAACGACUUAACAAGUUAAAUUUAGACAUUCCUGAACUGAAAAUGGUAGAUUUCGUGGUGCAUGGAAUACAGGAUGAUCACAUACGCAUGAAUUUGAGAACAGCGAAAAAUCGGUCGCUUCCCGAAUUAAAUCAAUGUUUAGAAACUCUGACGAUAGAGAAAUUAAAAGAGACAAAAAACCCUAAAGAAACAAAAGAUAGGAGAAAAUAUGUCGGGUAUGACGUCUUAAAAAAUAAAAAUUCUCAGUUCCUUCGUGAUAAGUGUUAUCGUUGUGGUGAAAAAGGACAUAAACAAAUAAAUUGUCCAAAAUCAGAAGAGCACGAAUCGGAAAGUCAGAAAAAUAGUAGCGGAAAGGGUAAAGAAAAUGUAGCUAAAACUGUAAAUAUUAAACUCUUAAAAUGCGGAUAUUGUAAGAACCUGGGUCACGUUGAGAAAGACUGUUUCAAAAGAAAAAAUAAAGAAAUGAGAGAGAGUGAGAAGGGGAAAAAUAGAGAUGAUAAGUCUGCAUGA